AUGGCGCUCUCCAGCUACCUCGUCCUGGCGCUGACGACCUUCGCGAGUACACACGCAUCCCUACAACCCCGACAAUCCUCCACUGUCACCGUCGACUUGACCAAAACCUACCAGACCAUAGAUGGCUUCGGCAUAUCGGAAACCUUCCAACGCGCGAACCAAAUGCAUGCUCUCUCGCCUACACUCCAACGCUACGCCCUUGACCUACUCUUCAACCGCACGUCCGGCGCCGGCUUCUCUAUCUUGAGAAAUGGGAUCGGUUCGUCUCCAGACUCCAGCAGCGACCACAUGGUUUCCAUUCAACCCACGAAUCCCGGGGGUCCGAAUGCGACGCCGAAAUAUGUGUUUGACGGCAAUGACAACAGCCAAGUCUGGGUUAGCACCGAAGCAGUGAAAACAUAUGGGUUGCGCACCGUGUACGCAAAUGCAUGGUCGGCACCAGGAUACAUGAAAACAAACAACAACGAUGCGAAUGGAGGGUCUCUAUGCGGGGUGUCCGGCGCCAGUUGUUCAAGCGGUGAUUGGAAACAGGCGUAUGCGAACUAUCUGGUUCAGUACAUCACUUACUAUAAGAACAUCGGGGUGGAGAUCACGCACUUGGGUUUCCUGAACGAACCAGAUCUUACGACAAGCUAUGCCAGCAUGAGGAGCAACGGGCAGCAAGCCGCGGAUUUCAUCAAAGUCUUACGACCAACACUCGACAAAGCGAACUUUACAAGCGUAAAGGUUACAUGUUGUGACGCCGAGGGAUGGAGUAGUCAGCAGAGUAUGAUGAGUGCACUGAGUAGCGUGAGUAGCCUGUUGGGUACGAUCACCGCACAGUAA